AUGACCCGAAAAGUGACCAAGUUGACCUCCAAGGAGGUCCAGCAUCUCGUCUCACUCCGCAUCAGCGUCCUCGGCGACGGGGGUCAAGGGGUAGUUUACCUCGUCCCUUGGCAGGAUGAACCUGCCGUCCUAAAAAUCGGCAUUUCAGAAUCUUCCUCAAAAUAUACCCAUUUCAAACAGGAAGCCAAACUAAUGUCUGAAGCCGAUGGCGCCGGCGGCGUUCCUACACUUCUGGCUGUUGCACCACACACUCCAGCCAUCGUGUGCUCUUUCAGCGGCAAGAAGACCCUCGCAUACCAUAUGUUCAAUAAUAAGAAAAAGUACAACCUCCUAGAACUUGGGGUUUUGGCCGGCAAGCAACUCUUGCAGCUCCACAAGAAAGGCAUUAUACACAACGACAUCAAACCUGACAACAUAAUGGUCAACGGUGGUCGUGUGGCUCCCCAAGUAAACCUCAUCGACCUCGGACAGGCAUGCAAGGCGGGCGAGAGUCUCAACUGGGACCGUGACCCCAACAGGUCUUUGUGGCGCGCACCCGAGGUGUGUCGUGGCCAGCCCAGCACACCCGAGUCCGACGUAUUCUCCUUCGGGGUCUUGAUGAAGGAUCUACUUGGUGAGGUCUCUGGCGACCAUCCUAACACCACUUUUGUAACCAAAACUGCCUUCAACAAUGACCCCAGCCAGCGACCAUCCCUUAAGAACUUUCUCCGUCAGUUGUUUUACGCCAUUCAAGACGACGCCGCUUCCUCCCGCCAACCUUGUUGA